UCCACGAGUUCUGGCUGCCGAGGCGAGCAGGCAGGAGGGAGGAGGCCUCGGGUCCGGGCUGCUGAGGAGGCUCUCGUCCAGGAAGUCGAGGCAGCGCAGCGGCCAGCGACCUCGACCUCACGAGGCCGAUGACAUGGGGGGGAGUGGAGACGACAGCGGCCCGGGGAGGCUGAGCCGCACGCUGUCCCGCCUGGGGAGAGGCCACCAGGCCAGGGACCCCCCGAGACCCCCGGCUCAGCCCGAGAGACUUCCUGCCCCGCCCGACAGGCCAGUUCAACAAGAGGACAGGGCUUCUCCUCCGGCUCCGGCCCCUCUGCCCCCCCCUGUGGAGACGCCACCUAAAUGCCCAGAAAGAGCCACAAAGCCCAAACUUCCCCCUCAGCCGCUGUCCAAGGUGUUCAGCCACACCGAGCAUGGAUCAGAUGUGUUGCAGGGCGUGGAUGUUUUCCGGGCCGAUGCGACUCUGUGUGACGUGGUCUUGGUCCCCGGGGACAGCGGGGACAUGUUCCCAGUGCACCGCGUCAUCAUGGCUUCAUGUAGUGACUACUUCAAGGCCAUGUUCACAGGAGGCAUGAGGGAGCAGGAGAUGAGAGAGAUCAAGCUGCACGGCGUCACCAAGGCGGGUUUGAAGAACAUCAUCGACUUCAUCUACACGUCCAGAGUCAGCCUGGACAUGAGCUGCCUGCAGGACACGCUGGAGGCCGCCAACUUCCUGCAAGUCAUGCCCGUCCUGAGCUUCUGCAACGAGCUCCUGAGCAGCGAGAUCACCAUCGAUAACUGUGUGGAGGUGGAGCGCGUUGCCGCCGACCUGCUCCUGAAGGACGUGCAGGUGAACAUCGGUCAGUUCGUGAGCCAGAACCUCUCCGAGCUGGUGGCGUCCGGCCGCUACCUCCAGCUCUCUGAAACCAGCAUGGCCGCUGCUCUGUCCGACGACUCCCUGAAGGGCUUCUCCGAGAUGGAGCUGUACCGCAUCGCCAGAGGGUGGCUGGACCACGACCCGGCCGGCCGGCGCCGCUCUGUCUACGCCCUGAUGCGCCGCGUCCGCUUCCCGCUCAUGACCCCCGGCGAGCUGAUCCAGAUCUCCCAGGAAGACGAGGAGGGCGGGGACUCCGUGAUGCGCCGCGAGACGGCGUGCGUCAACCUGCUGCUGGAGGCCAGCAACUACCAGAUGAUGCCCUUCAUGCAGCCGGCGCUGCAGACCGAGCGGACCCGGAUCCGCUCCAACGACACGCACAUCCUGGCGCUGGGCGGCGUGAUGCGGCAGCAGCUGGUGGUGAGCCGCGAGCUGAGGCUGUACGACGAGAACACCGGCCUCUGGAGGGCCCUGGAGCCCAUGGAGGUGCCGCGCUACCAGCACGGCGUGGCUCUACUCGGCGGCUUCCUCUUUAUUGUCGGAGGCCAGAGCACCUACGACACCAAGGGCAAGACGGCCAUUGACACCGCGUACCGCUACGAUCCGCGCUUCGACCGGUGGCUUCAGAUCGCUUCGCUCAACGAGAAGAGGACCUUCUUCCACCUGAGCGCGCUGAGCGGGAAGCUGUACGCGGUCGGGGGGAGGAAUACGUCGGGGGAGAUCGACACGGUGGAGUGCUACGACCUGAAGAAGAACGAGUGGAGGGGCGUGGCCCCCAUGGCGGAGCCUCACUACGGACACGCCGGGGCGGUCCACGGGGGCCUCAUGUACGUCUCCGGUGGCAUCACCCGCGACAGCUUCCAGAAGGAGCUGUGGUGCUACGACCCCGCCGCCGACGCGUGGAGCCGGCGGGCCGACAUGACGGAGCUGCGCGGCCUCCACUGCAUGUGCACCGUCGGCGACCGCCUCUACGUCAUGGGCGGGAACCACUUCCGGGGCAGCAGCGACUACGACGACGUCCUGGGCUGCGAGUGCUACGGGCCGCGCUCGGACCAGUGGACGGCGGUGGCGCCGAUGUCCCGGGGCCAGAGCGACAUCGGCGUGACGGUGUUCCGCGGGCGGGUCUACGUGGUGGGGGGGUACUCCUGGAACAGCCGCUGCAUGGUGGACAUCGUGCAGCGGUACGACCCGGAGCGCGACGCGUGGGACCGGGUGUUCGACGUGCUGGAGCCCCUGGGCGGGAUCCGAGCCUGCACCAUGACGGUGCACCUGCCGGAGGGGUCGGUGGACGAGGCUCAGCUGCAGCAGGGGCCGCUGCCGGCCGCCAAGAGCUGAUACCGCACCGCAGACUGUGGGGGGGGGGGGGGAUCCACCUGCACCCUCGACAGUACAGCAACCAGUCUGGCACCUCUUCAUCAGACGUGUACUGUUUCUUGCUUUUGAUUUUUUUGCCAUCUGCUUGUGUCUUUCUAUUUCGGCUUGUGAAAGGAAGCGAAGGCUCCCGUCGGACUCGAUGUUUUACGGGCUGAAACAAUGUGAAAAGAUCAACAUCACUUCUUUCUCCGCAGUUUCAGUUUGUAAAAAGGAGAUGAAGGUCGAAUCGUCCCGGACUCGAACCACCGAACGUCACGUAUCGCACCAAAGCACGAUGUCAAACACAAGUCCAAAUCCGGCCCGCCGCAUCAUUUUAUGUGGCCCCUGACGGCUUGAAAGACAUGUGAUCCCAUUUUCUUAAAGAAAUUGAAGAAACAUUUCCCAUGCUUUUAUUUUGAAGGUUUCAAAUGAAAUGGAUUCAUGUUGUAAUUUUAGAGCCAUUUUUUUAUACAAUACUUCUACACUCAAAUAAACAAUAAUCAAAUGCAAAGAGAGUUAUUUAACAAUAUGUUCGAGGAGUUUAUAAAGUGUUUCCGGCCCUUUAAGAGGGCGGCCAUGAUGCUGAUGUGGCCCACGGUGAACAUGAGUUUGACGCCCCUGGCCCAAAGGCUUCAACUCGACCUUCUGGAGGUCGAUUGAAUAGUUUUAAGUGUCCACACGACUUUCAGCGUGAAAACACUGUGACAAAAGCAUAAAGCUGGACCUUAUUUCUAUCUUUUCAUCGCGUAAUCUUACGACUCGAGACAAAAACCACGAUGACUUCGCCGUGCUAACAAGCGCCGUCUGUUUCCCGAGAAGUGGAGUCAUGAGGGAGGCGAGAAUGACGUGAAUUCGGAAAUUCCGUCUAUUAAUGUGGAGAGUACAAACACAGAAGUUGUGUUUUGUAUAUUUAUGUGUGUGUGUGUGUGCAAUGUUUUUAAAAUAAACUGUUGAUGUCACACUU